GAACCGCCAUCUUCACAAGUAUCGUCUUGGGCUUCACAUGAUGAAUCGCCAUAAGUAUAACCCGGCCCCUCUUGGGCGGGUCAUACCUAGUAGUUAUAUCCCCUACAUUAGGCCCCAGAUUGAUUUGAACUGGUUCAUGUCAAUCUUCAACACUUAAGAAAAAUCUUCUGCUCUUCAUUUGCGCGAAAGUUUAUAACCCGCCAUGAUGUCAUCUUCUAGAUCUGUGAUAACCCGCCAUGACGUCACCUGUCAUUAAUUCAUACUUUGUCCAACAUAUCUCAAUGGAUCCUUAUCUUAAUAACCGUCCUGAGAAUCGAGGCGUCUGGGCAGCUGGAUAACCAUGUUUCGGCCUCCCCGUUUUUCGUGCCCACUUAUCAGUCAUUCCUUAUAAAUAGCCACGACUGGUCUUUCCUCAUUCUCCCCCUUUCCAGCGUCUUCUUCCUCUCGCGACCUUCUGCCGCUCGAGCUCCGCCACCGCCGCAGAGCACCUCGUCCUCCUCAACCUCGGCCGCUGCAUCAACCUGUGUUGGACCAGAGUACGCCGGCGCCCCACCGCAGUUGAAUCUGCACCUAUAGGUGCUUCUUCUCCAGUGCGUUAUAUCGCAUUAGGGUUCCUGACUGUUCAUCGUGUUCUUCACGGUUUCUCCAUAGUUCCUCCACCGUAGCAUCUUUUGAUCCAAAAGCAAUAUAGAACUUAUGUGGUGGUUGUUUUUCCUCCACUUUUGAUACCAGUGGAUCCCCUUUCUCUGGAAAGAGAUCUCAUUAGAACUUAUGAACUCAUCUGUACUGGUUUUUAGGUCUAGAUUUAUUUCCUUUUUCUGAACAUCCAUUAAUCCAAAAUAAUGAUUGCAAUCUGUGAAACUUGUUUGUGUGACACUUAGCCAAAAAUCUGCAUUUUGAUAGAUCCACCUAGCCAUGGCAGCUCAAACCACCGGCUUAAAUUGCAAUGCUCAAUAGAUAACAUCAACCACUCAUGGCGGCUUAAAUAACCUGACUGCUCACGGCGGUUUAAAUAACCUGACGUAAUUAGUCAUAUACCAUUAGGCCCCUUUAUAAGCCGCCAUUCUGAAUAUGUGCUCUAAUAUUUUUCCUCCGGCUUAAAUUUGAACCGGCAAAUUUACUCUUUGUUAGGCUUCCUUCUUCACAAUGCCGCCCAAAACAACCACUUCAUGUAACUGGGUCAAAUCCAUCGUCACGGAGAGUACACUUGACGAUUCCGGCUAUCUGCCCAAAAAGGAUGUGAUGUCGUACCGUGCUCCUGAUCCAACAGAAGAAAAGCCUUAGCCCAAAGAGGGGGAAGUCAUCGUCUUCAUAGAUCACAUGAACCGGGGCUUUUCACCACCCGGCUCAAAGUUCUUCAGAGAUGUUCUGCACUUUUUUGACCUUCGUCCUCAAGAUAUCGGACCCAACUCUGUGUCCAACAUAUGCAACUUCCAAGUGUUCUGUGAGGUAUAUCUUGAAGAAGAGCCCAGUUUGCUACUUUUCAGAGAGUUGUUUUAUUUGAACCACCAGAAUGAAUACUCCAACGGACCUAGUUUGGAACUCGGCGGGGUCUCAAUCCAACGAUGGAGAGACGCCAUUUUCCCUUGCGCCCAUCCACCGAGUCAUCCCAAAGACUGGAACCAGACAUGGUUCUACUGUCAAGACACUUCUCCGGCUGAUGAGAACCCUCUACCCGGCCUUCGCGCCUUGCGCCUCGAUUCCAAUCAUCCUCUUCUGGACAAGUUGUCAGCUGCUGACCGCCAAAAGCUCGCUCCCACCAUGGCUAAAGUCAAAGCUCUUUUAGGGAACGACUUAAAUGGCAUUGACUUGGUCCGGUGCUGGGUCACAUGGCGGAUCAUCCCGUUGAGCCAUCGCUCCGGGUUAAUGUGCACCUACAUGGGCGAGAAGAAGGAUCCACUGCGCCACAGCCCCGACGAUUUACCUGAUGAUGUUUUCAAUGAUAUGACGAAGUCACUUUUGAAUGAAAGCCUAGCAGACUAUGGCAAGGUGGGCUUAAGCCCUUUCUGCAAAGCUAACCCGACUCCAGGGGCUGAUGAUAAGUUUUGGAAGAAAAAAUAUGACCAUGAGGCUGCAAAGAGAGCCAGGAAGGCCAAGAAAGCCGCCAGGAAAGCCGCCGCCAAGAAAAGAGGAAAGAAGCCCAACGCCUCUGACUUGCUUUGACUAGAAGAUACCUCUGAGUCGGAGGUAGCCCUUGACUCUCUUGGCUCCUUUUUUAACCACCUUAUUGACACUGAUUAUCAUCAGGAUGACAUGGGAACGAGUCAGGGAGUGGAUGAAGAGAUUCAUGAGAGCCGGAGGCAGACCCGGACCAGCAAGGACGCGGAACUCUCCUCCGGCUUACCGAACACACCAAGGAAGCGCCAGAACAAGGUCACCUCUGACUUAAACCCUUUUUAUCCUUUGGCGGGUCUCACUCGUCAACCACUCAACUCUUCUGAUUCAAAUUAUCAGGAAACUUCACAUUCUUCCGGCGACUCAAUCCAGUCCAACAUGCCGGCUUUUAAGACCGCUCCAGGUGGAAAAGUAAAACCCAGCAAGAGGGUGAAGAAAAACCAGCCGGUCGAAGAGCCGACCGUCAAUGAGCCGGAGCUCCAACCCGCAGCGCCUGAGGCCUCUGUUCUUGAGCUGCCACUUGAGUCGGUUCAUGACAUGCCAACAAUGACUGCUGACCCGCCUGUCGAUCAAGCGGCCGACGGCUCUGUAAACCCUGAAGCUUCAAGCCCAGCUAAGACAGCCGACCCACAAGAUGUUGAUGUGGAAAUCACCAAGACCGGCUAUACUGAGCCAGGGAGACCUACUCUGCAAGCCAAGUGUUCUGCCAAGGAGGAGCACAUUGAACGACGUAAAGUCAGAUUUGAUGUUGCUGACUAUACUCAAAUGAGCAUUGGCGAAGUUUUUUCUGGUUAUCUUAGCCAAGUGCACAGUAGCCGCGAUCUUGAAGUUGACAUGGUUAAACAAAUGCACCAGAAAUUUGAGGUACGAAUUUUUUCCCUUUAUUGAAUUCUCCUUACUAUGCCAGCCCCCAAGUCUACUACUUGUGACGAAUAUGUUGUAGACUUAGAACGAACUUAAGAACAUCAGUAAUAUCCAUUGGUAAAACCUUUAAAAAUCCGGCUUAAACCGUAGUCCCCAAGGGCCGGUUUAAUCAGCAUGAAUGAGCCGGUCCUUAUG